UCGGAGCGGCGACUAGAAUGAAAAUCUUCGCCGUUCAGACAUAUGACCCAGAUCCACUACUAUAAUAAUAAGGUCUGCUAUAAAUGAAGUCGCCUCCAACCUUUCGCUUCCCCCAUCCACGACUCAAUCACCAUGCAAGACGUAUUCGAUGUCGACGCCCGUAGGCAAAAGCUGGCUGGACCGGGCGGUAUCACUGGUCUACUGAAAGCCAAGCGGCUUUUCGGUAUUUGUAUGCUCACGGCGUUGGGCGGUCUGAAUUACGGGUACGAGCAAGGAGCUUACAGUCAAGCCCUUGUGAUGGCAUCAUUCAACCACGUGGAUAGCUUUCACAGGAUCACACAUGACCCAAGCUUUAAGGGUUGGACUGUCGCCGUCCUUGGUUUGGGUGGUUGGUUUGGAUCUCUCGUCAAUGGUUACUGCUGCGAUCGUUUCUCGAGAAGAUGGUCGAUCCUCGGAGGAGCCUUGGUCUGCUUGUUAGGCGCAGCGCUCACGGCUGGCGCUAUGAAUCCGGCCAUGAUUUUUGUCGGAAGAUUCGCGAUCGGUGCAGCUGUCGGGAGCAUGAGUACGGCGGUACCAACUUACAACUCCGAAAUCUCGUCGGCUGAGGUCCGUGGGGCGAUGGUCGGAACGUGGCAACUCAGUGUCACUCUCGGUAUAAUGAUCUCCUACUGGAUCGGUUUCGGUUCAAACUACAUCUCACAAACCAAUUCGCUCGCCUGGCGAUUACCAUUGGCGGUUCAAGCGAUACCAGCUCUUGGUUUGGCAGUGGGGACUUUCUUUAUCCCCUACAGUCCUCGAUGGCUGCUUCAGAAGGGCCGAGACGAUGAAGCAUUAAGGGUACUUGCUUACCUACGGAACCGUGACCCGGCGGAUGAGCUCAUCCGUCUCGAAUUCUUGGAAAUCAAAGCAGAUGCGCUGUUCGAGCAGGAAACAUCGGCCGCUAGAUACCCUGAAUACAUUGAUCGACCCUUCCGCCUUCAAGUUGCAAAGAUGAUGUCCCUUUUGUCGACCUGGCCCAUGUUCAAGCGAACGGCCAUCACUUGCUUGAUGAUGUUCUUCCAGCAAAUGAGUGGAAUCGAUGCCAUCGUCUACUACGCUCCCACGAUCUUCCAGUCUCUUGGCUUGGGGGGCACCACUGUCUCUCUGCUUGCAUCUGGAGUUGUAGGAAUCAGCAUGUUCCUCGCUACUUUCCCAUCGCUUUUCAUCAUGGACAAACUUGGACGACGACCCUUGAUCAUCAUUGGAGGACUCGGCAUGAGCUUUUGUCUGGUUAUUGUCGGCGCUCUGAAUGCUCGCUUCGAGGACUCUUAUGAACAUCACCGUGGUGCUGCGUGGGCCGCCGCUGUGUUUAUCUGGGUGUACAUCUUCAACUUUGGCUACAGUUGGGGCCCAGUCAGCUGGGUGGUCAUCAGUGAAAUCAUGCCCAUGUCGGCCAGGGCCCCGGGCACCGCCCUCGGAGCGUCCACUAAUUGGAUGGUCAACUUUGCAGUCUCUCUCUUUGUUCCACCCAUGCUCGAGAAACUUCGUUGGGGAACAUACAUCUUUUUCCUUGCCUUCAUGCUUCUUGGUGUAGCGUACGCUGUUUGGAUUCUCCCAGAGACCCGGAACGUCAGUCUUGAGGCCAUGGAUCGCGUCUUCAAGUCUAAUGAUGCGACGCACGAUGCUGAGACGAUGCACAACAUCAUGCUACGUCUUCAAGCCCAAUCUCAAGCCGAAAGGGCAGACAAGGAGAAAGAGAGCUCGUCGUUGCAAGGUUCCGAGUCUGAGCAAGUGUAGUCUGGAGUAUGCAUGGAUGAAUCUGGUCG